ACAGCGGUAGCGGCGGCGGUCGCGUCUAUAUAAGAAGGUGAGCACGAUAAGUGAAGUGUCUCAGUGUCUUUCAUUAAGCCCAUACGAAACAACUUCAAACGUUGCCGAAAACUCAUAUACACAGUGUUUACUGUUGAGAUCAAAACCGCUGUAGAUAUCCGACGAAAAUGCGUGAAUGUAUAUCAGUUCAUAUUGGUCAAGCCGGUGUCCAGAUCGGUAAUGCGUGUUGGGAGUUAUAUUGCUUGGAACAUGGCAUUCAACCUGACGGACAAAUGCCAUCGGAUAAGACGAUUGGCGGUGGCGAUGAUAGUUUUAACACAUUUUUCAGUGAGACCGGAGCUGGAAAACACGUUCCGAGAGCUGUGUUUGUCGAUUUGGAGCCAACCGUUGUCGACGAAGUGCGUACCGGUACGUACAGACAAUUAUUUCAUCCCGAACAGUUGAUCACCGGCAAAGAGGACGCUGCCAACAACUAUGCUCGUGGCCACUACACGAUUGGUAAGGAAAUUGUGGACAUCGUGCUGGACCGGAUCCGGAAGCUGUCUGAUCAAUGCACUGGGCUGCAGGGUUUCUUGGUAUUCCACUCAUUCGGCGGCGGUACCGGUUCCGGGUUCACGUCACUACUCAUGGAACGGCUGAGCGUGGACUACGGGAAAAAGAGCAAGUUGGAGUUCUCCAUUUACCCGGCGCCGCAGGUGUCCACGGCCGUGGUAGAGCCGUACAAUUCCAUAUUGACCACACACACCACCCUCGAGCACUCGGACUGUUCGUUCAUGGUAGAUAAUGAGGCUAUCUAUGAUAUAUGCCGCCGAAACUUGGACAUUGAACGACCUACGUAUACCAACCUGAACCGAUUGAUCGGCCAGAUCGUAUCUUCCAUUACGGCGUCGCUAAGAUUUGACGGAGCGUUGAACGUCGACCUGACAGAAUUUCAAACGAAUCUGGUGCCGUAUCCGCGUAUCCACUUCCCGCUGGCCACCUACGCGCCGGUAAUAUCGGCCGAGAAGGCGUACCACGAACAGAUGACCGUGUCCGAAAUCACCAACGCCUGUUUCGAACCGGCCAACCAGAUGGUCAAGUGCGAUCCACGGCACGGCAAGUACAUGGCGUGUUGCAUGCUGUACAGGGGCGACGUGGUGCCGAAGGACGUGAACGCGGCCAUCGCCACCAUCAAAACGAAGAGGACCAUUCAGUUCGUGGACUGGUGCCCGACCGGGUUCAAGGUCGGCAUCAACUACCAACCGCCGACGGUGGUUCCGGGCGGCGAUCUGGCCAAGGUGCAACGGGCCGUGUGCAUGCUGUCGAAUACGACGGCCAUCGCCGAGGCCUGGGCUCGGCUCGACCAUAAGUUCGACCUGAUGUACGCGAAACGGGCUUUCGUCCACUGGUACGUGGGCGAGGGCAUGGAAGAGGGCGAGUUUAGCGAGGCUCGCGAGGACCUGGCCGCGCUCGAGAAGGAUUAUGAGGAGGUAGCCACCGAUUCGGCGGACGGCGACGACGGAGACGAAUACUAACCAUCACUCGCACCACCACCACCACCGCCGCCACCACCGUUUCAACGCCACGACGGACGACCGCCGUCGCCCGACCCCGCAGACUGCGAUCUCUCUGGUCACAAACAUUUCCGUCCUCAAGUCUCGUUCGUACGAUGACAACAAUCUGAUAAUAAAUAAUCAGUGCUCGAAUUCGAAAAAUAAAACAGUGGGGGGUGCUAAAAUGAGACGUGAAAACAAAACUGGCGUCCAUUGCAAUGAUUUAACUCAAUGUAGAUAACUCUCUGGGGGGAGGGGGGAUAUGCAAUAAAUGACAUAAACUUUUUAGCACAAUUGUUAAUAUUAUAUACUCCGAUCGAUAUACACUGAGUACAUUAAAUUUGAAUAUGUAUUAACAUGACAAAAUGUUAAACCUCAGACUCGACCGUUCAAUAUUUUGACCUCAAAUGGUGAAAGUACUCGAUUUCGAGACUGUUUAUUCGUAUCAUUGGGAACAUAUUACCUAUUAUAUAUGUAUCAUUGAUCUCAAGUCAUGGUUUUUAUCAUUAAUAAAAUUCAUAAUUUACUAAAUUUAUCCGAGUUAAUAAAGGACUGAAAUAGUUACAUAAUAUAAAUAAUAUUAUAUCAAUGUUGAAUAAUAAAAUUUUCAAAAAUAUUUUUGCAAAAGAAUGUACACCGUCCCCUCGUAUUAAUAAAAUAUAUUAUUAGAGUAUUUUCACCCCUGUAUACUUAUCCACAUAAUUCGAGCUCUGAAUAUUAAUACUGAUAUAAAUCUUAGAUAUAAGUCAUAAUACAUAUAGGUAUUAUAACUUAACUCCAACGAGCUUCGGGCGCAGUCUGAAUCGUCGAAAUUGCUAUUUUGAAUUAAAAUAAUACUUAUAUCGUUUUUAAUUCUGAAAUUGGAAUUAAUUAUUUAGAUUAACACUUACCCG